CCUCGUAUAAACUUGGUUUUGAUUUUAUGAAAACAUAUUCAUGCCAUUAUAAAUUUUUGAUUAACUAUGUCCAAUAAUUUAUAGCCACUUACAUCAUAACCGACUAAUCAACAUGGCGCCGCCGAAUGAAGACGACGAUGACAAUGAUGCUACUGAGUGGUGACCUACAGCAAAAGAAAAAAAGUUCAGUUUGUGAAUUGUGUAAUUCCGGUGUUAGAGUUGGUGUACAAUUUACCUCAUGUAAUAAUUUGGUGCAUUCUAAAUGCCUUGAAAGGCUAGUCAAAGAAAAAGGAAUUGACGCUAAACAGUGGAAAUGUGAUUAUUGUAGUGAGCUCUUAACUGAAAAUUCUGCUGUAAAAGUGAAUACUGGUAUGUUAAUUCAAGAAAAUAAUCAUCUCAAGAUGCAAAAUAACACUUUGAAUAAACUAAUUAAACAAUUGGAAAAUGUUAACAAAUUACAAGAGGAAAAAAUUACAAAUAUGGAGCUUUUAUUAUCUGCUAGCAAUAAAACCGAAUGUAUUAAUAGUUUAACUACCGAUAUACAGAUGCCACUAUACAGUGAUAUAUCAAAGAAAUCCAAGCAAGAAAACACAUUUUUUAUACUCCCUACGCAUAAAAACCAAAACAUAAAUACCAAUAACGUAAUGAAUUUGAUAAAACCAGGAGAUUUAAAUGUACAAGUGAAUAAUAUUAAAAAUAUAACAAAAGGUGGUGUAGUGGUAAACUGUAAUGAUAAAGAAAGUUUAGAAAAAUUACAGCAAAAUUUGGAAGCAAACUCUAAUUUCAAAAUUCAACCACCACUGGUGUUGUGGGUUCUGGAGUGUGCUUUCUAAGCCGCUAUCCUAUUGAAGAAGUAUUUUUCCACCAAUGGUCACUAAAUGGAUAUAUUCACAAAAUACAGCAUGGUGAUUGGUUUGGUGGUAAAGGUGUGGGAUUGUGUCAUUUAAAUGUUAAUAACAUCAAAGUUAAUGCCUACAUAGUCCAUUUACAUGCAGAAUAUGAUAGAGGAAAUGAUGAGUAUUUAGUUCAUAGAGUUUUACAAGCUUAUAAUACUGCUCAAUUUAUUAAACAGACUUCUGCCUAUGCGGAUUUAGUUAUUUUGGCUGGAGAUUUAAAUACAGAACCAACUGACUUAGCCUAUCGUAUUUUUACUUCUGUAGCUGGUUUAACAGACUCCUAUUACAAGUGCCAAGUACCUGAAAGCAUGUUUGCCACCAAUUUAGCUCUACAAAAUACCUACACACCUCAGUCAAGGGUUAAAGAUAAAACGCCAGGAAUUCGCAUUGACUACAUUAUGUAUCAUUCCUCGAAAACCCAUGACGUUGUGGUUAAAAAAUAUGAAUUACCUCUGUCAAAACCAGUUGAAAACGAACAUUUCAGCUACUCUGACCAUGAGGCUGUCCAUGUUGAUUUUGGCAUCACGAAAAAGAACCCUGAAUCUAUGGAAGAACCUGUUAAAGAAGACUCUGUAAACCAUCAAGAAAUUUUAAUGGAAAGCCAUACUCUUUGUAAAGACCACAUGAAACAUCUUCACAAACACAAAAUAUUUUACUUCACCAUUGCAUUUAUUGUGUUCAUUAUUUUGGUGCUGUGUAAUAUUGCCUUUGUACCAUAUGGUUAUCAUGUACUGUAUGCAAUAUUGAAAAUUAUUUUGGUUGUUGUUAUUUUGUACUGUUUCUUAAUGGGCAGUAUAUGGAAUAGAAUGGAGAAAAAUGCCAUUAAAGAAAGUGUACAUUCAAUGGAAUUGCUCUUAAAAAAAUAUCAAAAGGUUAACAAACAAUUAUAGUUAUUAAACUAAUAUACGUGAUGUUCUAAAAAUAUAUGUACAAUGUACUAUGCUCCACACCCAAUAGUCCGGGACUAUUAGUCCCACCAUAAUGAGAUCACGCGUGCGAUUUUUCGUUCACGCGUGAUGUCACACGUCAUAGCAGGAUGCGGUAGUCAUUGCCGAUCAAUACGCGUAUGUUUACUGAGGUCAGGAUACGAUCAUUAAGGUAUAAUCUUAUUAGAGUCCGAAACUUCUGGAAACUAUUAAAGACAUGCGCAAAUUUUGGGAGGCUUAAAAUCCUAUUUGCUUAUGUUUCUGAUAAUUUCUGAGAUUUUCGGACUCAUGCAGAUACCUUAACUUUAAAGGUUUAAUUGUUUGGAUGCAUGAUAACAAAAAAAGAUUUUUUAUUUUAAGAUAAUGACCACAUUUCAUUAAAUACAAGUAAAUCUUAUUAAAGACAUAUACAUAUAAAGUACCUAACAUAAAAUAUUUUCAUAAAUAACAAAAAAUAUAUUUAUAAAUAACUUAAAUAAUCAUCCUUAAUUUUUUAUAUGUAAAUCAGUGGACAGUUUUUGUAUCUUAAAAAUACUUUAUUAUUUUAAUAUUUUUAAUAUUCUUAAAGUAGGUAUUAAGUAUUUAAAAAACUUUUAAAAAGUAUUUGUUUACAAAACCUUAUCGUAAUAGGCAAUCCGAGGGGUAAACCACCGAUUUUUUUAAAUUAAAAAUUGCUUACGAAUUAACGGCUUAGGAUAACAAUAACAAGGGUAGUCAUGUGCAACGCGUCGCUAAGCACUGACUAAGCAAGUUUUCCUUAUUGAUAACGACUGAUAAGGAAAAAAAUCACAACACAACCUCCACUAACAUUGAACGUUGGUCUCUAAGAUUUUAAAGUGGUUUACCCCUCGAGGCAAUCCUUAACCAUAGCUUCCAAAUUUUCAUGGAGGUUUUUUACACUGCAUCUGGCUUCCUUCUUUUGUUUUUUAAAUUUAUUUCUCUGUUUUCCAGAUGUCACGGCUAAGAGGGGGCCGAUUAACAUAUUUGCGACAGUCUGCAUUUUAAAAAACCUGACAUGUUAAAAAUACUUCUUAAAAAUUCUUCAAGUACCUAUAUAUAAAAACUAUAUAUUGUAUAUUUUUUGUAUAUAAUUUAAUUCGCACGUGUUAUUCCACUAUGACUAUAAAUAUUUGGAUUAUCGUGUAAAAUUUUUUACCAGAAUGAAGUAACUUAAGUUAGAUAGCACAAGAGGUACCCAGGACGUCCAUUUCGGGUCCCACAUAGGUCCGAACGUCCUAGACCUAUAUCGGAAGUUUUUGGGUACGUCCAGUCUCUUACUUAUUUGGGAAAGUUAUAGCGGAUAUACUGGGUACGUCCCAAGGACGUAAUUGAAGCAUUGUAUUUCCAAAGGGUCUAAGUGCCAAGUUGGUUAAAUAAUAUAUUAUCAUUUAAAAAUAGUUUGUGUCAUGCAGAAUGACUUAAUAGUAUAUUCUGUAACAAGUUUGGAAUACAGCAUAUCCGCUCGAGUGAAGAGUUUGUCACACGAGCCGAAGGCGAGUUUGACGGUUUCAGGAGAGCGGAAUAUGCAAUUCCAAACGUGUUUCAGACGUUUCAACAUUUACAUGUGCAAAAUAUUUGUUUUUCAUUGAUAACUCAAAAUUUUAUUUUUGUAACUUAGACCCCCCAGACAGCAUCCAAUUCAGAAAGAUUUCUGUACGAAGUCUGUUGAAAAACAUCUUACUGAGGUCACAAUAUGACAUCUUAGAGAAAUCAUUUUUAGGAGCUCAAGAUUAAGAGUUCUUGAUGAAUUCAUAAAUAAGAAGUAAAUUUUUUAACAUCUUAAAGUAUCUUUUUUUCUGACCUCUUAUUGGAAUCAAAAUUAGAAGCUACUAAGGGUAGGUAUCAUAAAUAAUACUUCAGUUAUAUGAUAUCUUACAUUAUUCUCUUUUCUUACUUCUUACUGAAAUCAUAUUAUUAACUAUUUAAGACGUCAACAUGGAGACGUCACAUUUAUGACAUUUUAAUGCGAUUCUUUCUUCUCACCGCUGUAACUGCUUGUGUUUGAUAUAAGAAGCGGCGAAGUAGGAUUUAGAGCGUGCUUCAUACCAAACGGUCUUAGACCUAGGUAAACGGCUACCCGAUAUUGACGAGCUCCAAAAGAGGGAAACAGGCCGUCUAUCGGUGCCGGUGAAGAGCACGCUUAAAUUUAAACAAAAGUGAGACGAAAUAAUCGUAAUUCCUAAAAUAAGCGAAUACGAGCAAAUUAUUAAAAUGAUUUUAAUAAAAUCCAUUUAACAAAUUAAUAAAAUAAGACUUAAUUAAGACGUCAUAUUGCUGUCUGGGCCUUUGGGAAUACCACUCUUCAAUUCUGUAAAGCUUGUCCAUUAGUCCCCAAUAAAGCAUUUCAGGAUGGCCAGAGGAUGUCUUACUUAGGACGUUCUGGGGACCGACGAUUUGGUAACAUCGGAUGUCCCUGGAAGGUUCAGGACCUGAUUCGGACGUACUCGGAACUUACUAAUGUCUGAUACAAGAUAUAUAUACUCAGGACGUUUUUGUACUUCUUUGUGCUAUCUGGGUUUGGGCGCUUAAUUUGUUAUCACGGUUAUAAAGUCACGCAGUGAUAUCACGUUGCAUUUGUAGACCGUUGUGUAGACCUCAGCUAUAAUUUGCUUUCACUCAUGAAUAUCACGCCGUAAGCAAAAUGUGAAAUCACGAUUGUUAUUUGGGUUAACAAUUAAAUACAAAUAAUUAAGGUUAUCUAUCAGUCAGUUUAGCGCCAAUUUCGUUUAAUUUUCUAAAAAAUAAGCCAAUGUAUAUGAUAACACUUACCUGUCUGGGUUAUUACUUAUUUUGUUUUAUUUUCUGAAAAUAAAACAUUAAAUGUAUAUUUUGCGUGUAAAGGUCUUAUUUUAUAACCCAAAAAUCCAUAUAAUUUAUAGUUUUCAGAAAAUAGGACGAAAUCAGCCUUAAACUGGAAAUUAGAUUUUAACCUCUAUAAUUUGCAUUAAAUUUCCAAGAGGGACUUUUGUGUGUCGAGCAUAGUACAAUAAAAUCCCAGUACCCUGCCGAAAAUGCCCCAUAGAAACCAAUAGACACAAUAUUUCAAUAGAAUUUAUGUUGGAAUUUAUAGGUUUAAAUCUGGUGUAUUGGUACCAAUUGGGGAACAUAAUUGACUUGAAUUGAUUUAAUUGGCAUCAAUUUUUUCCAACAAAAAACAGUACACACAUAUUGAGUCCAAAACAAACCAUUUUAUUUGUUUUAUUGGUUUCAAUGGGGCAUUUUCGACAGGGUAAGCACAAGUUAGCAGGUCAGCAUAUGGACCGAAUACGUUUGGCCGCGGCAUGUAGACCGGGCGUGUCCGCCUGGAUGUCGGCUAUGUAUACAUAGGUGCCCGAGUUCCGGCCACGACGGCCUGGCCAUCCAAAAAAAGCCCUGGCUCUAUAGGUUCAAUCCUGAAAUCCUCUGAAUGGCAAGAUACCUACGUAUUUAAGAGUCGAUUACCUAGCCUUAUUCGUUACUAAGGAGAUCCCCACUCUAAAGGAUCAAUGUUCAGCUGUGUCUUUACAGACGCACAAAUGCAACACAUCGCUAUUUAUAGUUAGCUCGCGUGCGUAAGCAGCCGUGAGAUGUAUCGCUUAUGCCGCGGCAGGCCGUAUUCCGGUCGAUUUUGGUUAGUUGGAGGUUCAACGGUAAUCGGGUGACAUAACGCGGACCGGCUGGGGCAAGCCGAACUGCUUAUGCCGCGGUUAUAAAUAGCCAAACGGUACCUGGGUAACAUAAUGCGGACCGGCUGGUGGAAAGCCGAACCCCCGGUCAACCGCCUAUGCCGAGUAUUGGCCGACUGUAUUUGGUGCUUACUGGGAUAUAAAAAAUCUAACUUUAAAAGUAAUUUGGGUUGGAUUAAAAUCAAUUUUAAACCAAGGAAACCACACAUACAGCACAAUUGUGCUGUAUGUGUGGUUUCCUUAAGGACUCCGAUAGGUUGCCGAAUGACUGCGGCAGGAAAUCCAGUUGGCGUCCCAAUGUCAUGGACCAAAAUUGGACGUCUGUUCGGCAGCCUUUUGGCGUCGGACAUCCUUGUGCUGUAUGGGCAAAGUUUGUGUACACGCAUAAAGUAUACUUUAUUAUAAUUAUAAUUAAUGGCUAGUUAUUAUUGUGAUAAUUAUUAGUUAACUUAUCUUGCAAACCUUAAGUUAGAAUAAUAUGCCUAUGGGACCUAAAUCAUUAAACAAUUAUUACUUCUUAAAUAAUACAAAUGUUAUAAUUUAUUGAUGAUGGGUUAACCCCAUGUUUUCUUUUUCAAUUUUAUGUCAUUGUUAUUAUAAUAUAUCUCUGCAGGUAUGUCUCUUUGUUUAAAAGUAUUUAUAUAAGCUAUAUUGCUCAAAUAUGCAUUUUUACUUCUGUGAUAAAAUAAAAUUCUAA